AGGAGGUGGCGGCGGUGGCAGUGGUGGUGCAGGUGGAGGUGGUGGAGUCGUAGCAGGAGCCAACACCAUCACCACACAAACCUCGGGGGCAGCCAAGCAUUCAACUGCAGAAACAACAAAUGGUAAAGAUGCUGCCGCUUUACAACAUGUGAAUAUUUCUAACAAAUGGUUUGCCUCUGGGAUGAAAUCAUCAAAAAAUUCUAAAUCUAAUUUAUUAACAGAGAGCAGUCAUCAUGUUCAUCAAACCACAACUGCUGCUCAUAUUAAGGAGGAAAAUCUCAGUUCUAUUAGCUCCCAUACUACAACAGAAUGUUGUACUCGAUUGUCCAGUGAAGAAGAAGGAGAUGAGUCACACAGUAGUAAAUCUGGCUUCACUUAUUUGAAUCACCAUCCACGACCAGUAGCUAUGUGUACAUUUGGAGGUCGGUUUUUGAAAAACGGAGUCUGUUUAUUUAACAGAAAAAGUGAUUUAGUUCAAUCUGCUCUCUACAAUGUAUUGGAACGACUAAAUCAUCCUCCUCCACAUAAGAAAUUGUGCGUUGAAUCCAACUUACCAAAAGAAACGCAGCUCGUCACAAAUUCAAAGGACCCUUAUGAAUUUAAUAUGGUUGACCCCAUGUCUGGAAGCAGCCACAGUUCGAAUAGUGUAAUUAAUUCAACAAACAAAGGUGCUGUAAAGCCCAAAUCAAAAUCCUCUACCAGCAAAUCCUCCAAACCUAAAGACAGUGGUACAAAAAGCCCUGGGCUGCUCUCAACUGUUGCUGGUGGUAAUGUAGCCAAACGGAAACGAAGUGGUGGUGGUGGAGGCGGUGGUGGUGGUGUUGUACAAACCGGCCCAGUUUCAGCUGCUACUUCGAACCCUAAUUGUACGAAUUUUUCCAACAAUGUAAUGAACAUGUCAGUUUACAGUCCGAAUAACACAGUUGCAGCCUUUGCGUACCCCAAUGUUAAUUUAAGCAGUACCACCCUCAGCCACUUCAAUGCAACUCUCCCAACAGGGAAACAAAACCCUUCCAUCGACCCACAAUUGACUAAAAUCAAAGAAUUUGGAUUUGUGGUUACGGGUUUUGAUUCACGGCAAGGUUUGGUUAACGGACAAUAUAUAAAUAUUGCCUGCAUGGCCGAUUCGGUCAUGACGCAGGUGCCAACACAAGAUGAACGUUGUAGCGGCAGCAACAGUAUCAAACGCAAUCACAAUGGAAGUGUGAAAAGUUCAUGUGCUGGUAACAAAACUUCAAACAUGCUGGAUUCUUCCUCCUCCUCCUCUUCUUCUUCUUCUUCCUCCUCCUCUUCUUCAUCUUCUCAGUCAGUAUCAAGCAACAGCCUUUAUGCCACCAUGCCACGGAACACUACCAUGUUUAUGGAUGCGGGCUCUGUGCUGACCUCCGUAUCGUUAGGAGCAGCAGCAUCCAAUACUGUUGUCUCAUUAAGUAACAGCACUCAGUCACCCACUCUACCAAGUCCCUCGACGACCCCAAGUCCACAUCUCAGAUCAGGUUCAGUGAGUCCCCAAAUCACUGCAUCAUCUCCUUUACUCAAUGGAAUAAUACCGUCCCCCUCUGAUAAAAGUUCAACCAACCUUCGCCACGGGGCUCAGGGCUCAAGCCAUCGACCACACAAGUCGAAUCAAGCUGCUAAUGUCCACAGCAGCAAAGCUCGUCACUCAGCAACCUCAUCUUCUUCAUCAGCCGGUGGCAGCAAAGCUCAGACGUCAAGCAACAACAGUGGGGGUAGUGUUGUGACAGGCAGGGGCAACAGCAGUAAUAAUAAUAACAAUAACAAUCCAAAGUCAUCGACUUCAUCGCCAACAUUAGCCACACCAGCUACAUCAGCAUUGCACACUAUAACAGCAGGUAACAAAAAUAACAGUAAAACUGGCGGCAGUCAACAGCAACAAAUACUGUCAUCACACACGCAUAUCAAGUCAAGUAGCGGGAGCAAGGUAAUAACAAAACAAGUUGGUAAUAAUAAGCUAAAAACGCAGUCGCUGCAAGUGACGUUUCCAAACGCACAUCAGGUAGGACAUGUAACUGCUGCAGCCCAAAACUCCACUGUUUUUGCAGUUAAGCAAUCAGACAAUUCCCAGAGAAAAGACAUAAGUGGUGCUGCUCAGGUGCCACCGGGUCAUGGCACCACUCCACCUAGCAUGAUCUCUUAGCGAAUAAUUGGGUAGAAAAAAAGUUGGAAGGGUUUUUCUUUUUUUUUUUCCCAUUAUCUCAUAAUUUUGAACAGAAAAUGCUGAAAUUUAAAAAAAAACAUAAAACUGAACAAUUUUUUUUUUUUGAAUGAAGGACAAAUUUUCUCUGAAUUGAGGAAGAAGUGAAUUUUAGGGGGAAAAAAAAAAUUUGGUAUUAAAAUUUCAAUUUGGAACUUAAAAAACAAAAUCACAAAACAACAAAAUAUAUUAAAAAACGAAUAAGCAAACAGACAGGUAUCUUUCUCUUUUCUCACGAAUAAAGAGUUAUGAUGAUUAGAACAAUGAUAAUAAUAAUAAUAAUAAUAAUAUUAAUAAUGAUGAUGAUUAAUAAUUUCUUUAUUAUUGCCACAAGGGCGACGGAUGAGGAGACAAGUGUAAGGGUCUACAUAAACGAAAUGAAAUGAAAGGAAAAUAUACAAAAUAUGGUAAUGCCCCAAAAGGAGGACUGCUGCCUAGGGUUAAUCAAGGAACCCCAUAGAUCUAGGAUUACCCUGACUAUCAAGGGAAACACCCUCUCCCAACCACAUUCUUUGGUCUACAUACACAUGUUGAAAACAGGCCCAUACAGUCAAGCCAUACUUGCCACUCUCACCCAAUUUUCAUCAAAUAUACUGAAAGGCAACACACCUUCCUCUCCAGCCUCGCCUUCCUCUCCAGCUUGCCUUCCUUCCCAGCCUUACCCUCUCCGCCCCAUAUUCCUCCCUUUAAAUGGAAUUUGAAAAGUCUUUGAAAGCUUGGCCAAAGAGGAGAGUAUCUAUUCUCAAUCCUUUCAGUCAUAUCACCCACUCAACCUCUUUUACCAAAGCUACCAGACAGAGAAAAACUGCUGCCCUGACUGGCCGAAGGAAGGGUGACAGGGCAACCAUCAUAAUAGACUUGGCCAGUUGCUGGAUCCGUCCAAAAUGUGACCACAGAUCUGCAACAAAACUCCACAAGUCAGUUAUACUUAAACACUGAAUAUGUAAGCAAAAUGGUUUCAUUGGAAAAGUUCAGCCGAGGGACUUCUGAAACUUCUUUGGAACAAACCAUCCAGUUGAUUCUUGCUGGUGCCUAGUGUUAUCCAAAACAAUUUUGCUCUUCUCCACCAAUAGUCUGCAUUUGAACACUGAUGCAUUGGUCAAGUGGUGGAGGGCCAUAAAUACCUAACAACAUUCCAGAUGUCAGGCACUCAGUGUUGUUAUUUGCUUGACCGAGGACUGUAGCUCUGUCACAGAAAUAAGCUGUAGAGACCUACACCAUUACAGUGAUGUUUGUAUGUGUCCAUCUCUCUCUCUCUUUUCUCAUUUAGUCUCACACAAUCCCAACAUGUGUCGAAAAUGUUCCACUGUUCCACUCUCCACUUGCGCUAAAGAGUGUGAUCCAAAAAGCACUUCUGAAGAAAUCUGGCCACUUUGCCUCAAUUGAGACAUAAAUGGCUGCCAGUCUGAAGGCCCUGUCUUUGUUGCCCCUCCCAGUUUGCGGAUCAUUUGUACCUUAGGAUUCAAACCUUUCUGAAACAACACUAUUAUCUUGCCACCUGAUCCAGAUCAAUCGAAAGAUACAUAUACCUAGUAAUCAUCAAAGAUUUUUGUGAGUUUAUCAGUGUUGGAAAUUCUCAUCUUGCCAGUGGCUACUGGAUCUUUAUCUAGUGACCUGAGUUCAUUGAGCUUCCAAGCUGACCUGGCCUCCAAGCCAACCCCAGGCUACAUGCAUUUAUACUUCCUACUGUGAAUAUAGCUAUGUUGGCCAGAGAAAAGAAACGAGGGAGGUCACUUAUUCUGGUUGUGUAGAAGGAUUGGUUAUACAGUGGGGAAGGAUUGUUCCUUGGAAACCCCUUUCAAGAGCUCUUGUCCACACUGUCCUGGAAAAUUCCCCUGUUUACCUGUGAAAUUUCUUUUUCAGUACAGUAAAAUUCUGUUGACAUUUUCAUGUUUAUUUGAUAUUGUUCUGUCAAAUCCCUCUCUUCUUUUUGUAUUUUUUUUUUGGUCAUUCUCUUUUGAAAGUGAAAGCAUGUGGCCCAAUGGUUUGGGUGUUGAAUUCAUGAUCGCAAGAUCAUGAUUUCAAUUCUCAGACUAGGCAGUGUAUUGUGUUCUUGAGCAAAACACUCCAGUUCACUCAGCUGCAGAAAUUAGUAACCCUGCAAUGAACCAAUGUUCUGUCCAGCAGGGAGUGUUGUAAGCUCAGUCAUGGAAACUGGGUCAAGCUCUGGCCAAAAUACUGGGCUUCAUCACAGACCGAAAUCUAAGUCUUCUGAGAAUUCCUCAUUAAUUAUUCCCCACUGUGGAGUUGCAGAGAUGUUUCAGUUUUGUUUUGUGAAUUUGGCUGUUGGUUGCUCUUGUUGUUGUGUGGUGUUUUCUGGUUACUUCUGUUGUUGUGGUUAUGACUUUGGUUGUUGUUGUUGUUGUUGGUGGUGGAUGUGGUGAUGUAUGCACAUCAAACCUUCCAGCUUGGGGCAGAUUUUUAUUUAUUAUCUAUGUUUUUCCUUUGCCUCUGAUUUUUUUUUCUCUUCACCCAUCAAAAAUCUUUUAUAACAGAUCUUUUGUCUCCAUUUCAUCACAUGAUCAGGUGCAGGCCGAAGGAGGUUGGAAGGUAUGUGUGUGUGUGAACGAGAAAGAGAGUGUGUGUGUGUGUGUGUGUUUGAAGUUUGCUAGAGGGGUGUGGGUGCUGCUGGAAGGCUUUUGUGGUGGCAGGUUCUGUUGUCAUUUCGAGUUUCAAUUGCUGUUGUUGUUGUUGUUGUUGUUACUGUUAGUGGUGCUGUUGUUGUUGUGGGUCAGUCUCCCUUCUUUUGUUCUCUGCCAUUUUGGCAGCUCAGUCAGUUUGCGGAUGUUUUUUCAAGCUUUUCCUGUUUCGGUUGGAUUAAGAGCUCCAUUCCUAACCUGUCUGACCGGUUCUUCUGACCCAACCUGUGGAAUAACAAUGAUAAUCAUUUCAUCUUCACAAACGUCAUAGUGGUGGUGGUGAUGGUGGUGGGUGUGUUGUUAACUGAAAGAAAAAGAGGUGUUCCUUAUUGAAAGAUGUGAGAAGGCUUUCAGUAGCAACCUCCCUCCUUUCCUUGUCGCUUGUAUUCCCUCUUUUUAUACUCUCCUGUGACCCGGCUACCAAAAUUGAUGCCAUGUAUAUAGAUUUUUUUUUUCAGACAAUUUUUUUUCUUUUGCUCAGCUGUAUGACCCACCAGUGGGGGCAAGAAGCCCAAAAAAAAAAUGGUUUUCUUUGAAUAUUUGGGUUUCCCCACUCCCUCUUACUCCCCAGGAUCCUGGAUUCCACAACAAGAUGAA